AUGGCUUCUUCGAAAGAACAAGAAGAAUACGAAGUAGAAAAAAUCUUGAAUUAUGGAUAUAUUGAUGGCGUACUAUCAUAUCAUGUGAAAUGGGUCGGCUAUGAUGAUCCUAAAGACAUGACUUGGGAACCAUAUCAUCAUCUUUCUACUUGCAAGUCACUUGUUAAGGAAUACUUUAAAUCUCUUGGAAUAAAGAAGCCUCCUGAGAAAGAACCAAAGCCAACUGAAGCAAAACCACAUAAACCUCCGAUUCAUAGAGAAAAACAUGAAAAAACAGAAGUCAAAGAAAUAAAGCAAACCCAAGAAAAGGUUCCAGUUAAAAGAGAACUAAUUCCUUUGCAAAAUUAUUUAGCACAAAAAUUACCAGAUUUUAAAUGCCCAAAUACAAAGGAUACAACAUGGUUUCCAAAGCAAAAUCCAAAAACUAUUGAUUCACAGUACACAUAUUUCCCAAUUUUCACAAAUAAAAAUUCUCAAUCAUUUGAUCUUCAAGGAAAACAAAUAUCACGAAAUACAGCAAUUUUACUCUUCCCAUCAAUGUUUACCGAUUCAAAUUGA